AUGCCAAUGCCCACCACCUGCUCUUGUUCCCAACAUGAAGUCCAACUUCAACCUCAACUGCUUAGUAUUAGGCGACCACUCCAGGAACAUAUUCCCGGUCAAGAUUGUAUCGACGAAGUUAGUUAUGACCUGAAAGAAUUGAUCAAGGAAAAGACACAUGCAUUUCGCGACCUGGAUGCAAGCGCUCUCCAGCUAUGGAAAGUCGACCUGCUUGUCGACAAUACCCUCGAGCAUCCGAGUCAUGUCAGCAAUCUCAAACUAGAUCACAAGAAAGAAUUAUCGCCUGUGGAUCAAAUGGUUGAGGUUUUUGACACUCCUCCUCACCGUAAGCACCUGCAUAUUGUUGUCCAGCCGUUACCUGCUCGCGACCACCCCGGGAACAUAUUCCCGGUCAAGAUUGCAUUGACGGACACUGUUGGUAACUUGAAAGAGUUGAUCAAGGAAAAUAAGCCUGCAUUUCGCGACCUGGAUGCAGACACUCUCCGGCUAUGGAAAGUCGACCUGCCUGUCGAUGACACCCUCGAGAGUAAUAUCGACAAUCUCAAACCAGAUCACAAGAAAGCAUUAUCGCCUGUGGACCCAAUGUUUGAGGUUUUCGACACUCCUCCUCAGCGUAAGCACCUGCAUAUUGUUGUCCAACCACCUCUUCACGGGUCUCGUAAUCAUCUACAACCUUUGCCUUCCGCACUCCUGUAUAAGCAAUUUUGUGGAAAGUACAGCCAGGAGCCUCCUCCCAUCUACGGACAACCUUCUGAAUUCAAAGGCAUACAAAAAAAUCCGGACCAGUUCGUUCACUGGGAUCGACCCCCUGAGAAUGCACAUACUAUACCCUGCACACUACUUCAUCCAAUCUUUGGCACAUUCAUGGACGACUGCGAAAAUAUUGAGCCAACGCCAGACGACAACAAGUUGGCCAUGACAUUGUCGGUGGUUAUGUCCGGCUUCUUCACAGACGAGAAAGCACGAGCUUACAAAUUUCGUGAAGUCCUGCAAGAGCACGGUAUCAACAUUACGGCCACGACAAUUAGUGGCACCGUCUAUGUCACUGACGGCGACAUACAGUACAAAGGUUUCCGUUAUGCAAUCGCUAAAGUUAAGAACGAGCCAAGCCUACAUUUAGGUUUGCAGUAUUUCACAACUCGCGAUGCAUUGAUCACAACUUCAACAGGUCCGCACAUCGAUUUCUCAGCUGCUGUUUGGAGCACUCGUCCGAACAUGCAGGUGGUUUCGACUGCUUUACCUCUCUUUCAUCACCCCACUGAUAGCAAAAUGCGUGCGAUGGUCGCUCGGCACAUUGGUGCGCUCAGGAAAGCUCUUCGGUCCCUCUUGGCAUGUUACCAGGGCAUUACGUCCCCUUCUCCCGAUCAAGACCUCGAAUUUCUGGACUCUAAAUUUCAAGAUCUCAUGUUUCCAUACCCGUAUUCUUUCACUUGCAUCGAGACAUCGUUGACGUGUGAUUUCACGUACUACCAUCAAAUGGAUCAUUCCAGACUACCCUUUUCCGCCGUCAAGACGACCGAUGACAAGACGCUCUGCAUCAAGUUUGUCCGUCGCUACUCUAAGGAAGUACAUCAACGAUGUGCUUCGGACGGCUUCGCUCCAGCACUUCUGGGCUUCGAACAGCUACCAGGCGGAUGGUACAUGAUUGUGAUGGAGAUGAUCACGGAUGAUUACUGUCGUCUCCAGGAUAUUACCGUUCCUUACCCUCAUCACGAUGCACUCGCUACGGAACUCCAGUCUCUUCAUCGAGGAGGUUAUGUUCACGGAGACGUCCGGGACACAAAUAUUAUGGUAAAAAAGGACUGCAGCCCUGGAUUCAUGUUGGUGGAUUUCGACUGGUCUGGAGCGAUAGGCGAAGCCCGAUACCCAAUGAACGUAUAUUGA